GCCGCUUGUAUGCAUUGGAGAGAGUUCCUUUUACAUUUGUGUGUUUAAAACAUGGCUAUACAAGUGGGGAAGUCCCAUUGCAUUAUAAUUAUACAUCUCUGUAAUAAAAUUGCACAUGCACUGCACUGGGAGAGUACAACAAGUUGGAACAAAAUUGCACAUGGACUGCAGCACUGGGAGACAGAGAUAAGUUGGAACUGAAUAUUAGAGUAUUGCACUAUAGAAUUACUAUUGUCAAACCUGUUUUAUGGAUAUCCCUCUGUUGGUUUAGUGGUGUGGUAUUGCAAGACAUCUGUGAAAAUACAGUGGUAAUUUCUCAACCAAGUAGUAUCAACACUGAUAAUCUUUAUUAAAUUACAAGCCAUCAAAGAAUGCCGUGGUCUCCCAACACAAUUGAAUUACAAGGUUUCUAAGAAAGUAUAGCUUUCUAAAGGAACCAUGAACCACAUUUAUAAUCAGUAUACUAUAUAAUUAUACAUGCAUAAUACAAAAUUACUUACUCUCAUCUGUUGUAUGUUUGCUAUAAUUAUGUGUAAAUCCUUGUAAUUGCAGUUAGCUAUAUUUACACUUUAUAGUGAGAACAUUGUUGGAAAUUUCUCAAGGAGGAAACAGAUCUAUUAUGUACAAACGGUUGUGGAUUAUAUUAAUCCAUACGCACAAAUACGUAGACUCAAGGAUUAUGCUAAAGCCAUAAUCCUAUCAAAGUAUUCUCCUCCAUGCAUGCACGCUAUAUACCCUUAAUGUAUUAUUUAUACAUGCAGCUGCAGUAAAUCACAACUGAAAAAUCACUAAGUAUAUAGAUCUAUAAAUAUAGGCUGGUACAUAAUAAUAUAGUUUUCAUGCAUGCAUGCAUCCCAUCAGGAGUACUCCUGAUCCCAUGCAGCAUUAGGGUGAUGUUAAUUAUGUACUUCCAGGGGGAGUUUACAGAUUAAUACCACAGACUACCCAAUUUCCUUUUGGAAUGCUAUAAAAUCAGGACAUCAUUGAGUCAUAACUGUUACUCAAGUCCAUCAUUAUUUCAACUCUUCUCUUAUAUAGUUGCACAGUUCAGGUGCAUGAUGGCCCAAUUGCCUACUCAGAGUAAGAAUGGCUAUCCUACAGCUGGACAACAGGAGGUCUCAGUCGACGAUAUCAUGACCAAAAUCUACUUCAUGAACGAGGAGCAGUGGAAAAUUGAUAGCGUGUCAGGAAAUUUUGAUUAUGUUGUUGUUGGUUCUUCUUUUUGUUGCCUCAGCUUUAUUCAGCAAAUGAUUGGCAACAAGCCUGAUGCAAAGAUACUUGUGAUGGAUCGCGGGGCUUAUUUUCAUCCGGAGCAUUUCCAGAACCUCCCCCCUGCCUAUACAUUCACUGUGGGGGGUCAAGCGGAGACUUUCCACUGGCGAAUCACUGAAGACACGCAUAAUGGAGAGUACAUCAAGUUCCAGCAUGGCAUGAACAACUACUUUGGUGGUCGAUCAUCGUUUUGGAGUGCUUGGUGUCCAGAACCAAAAGAUGAUGAGAUGGAGGGGUGGCCUGCUGAACUUAAAGCGAAGGUGCAUUCCUACUUCCCUGCAGCUAAGGGGGUGCUCAAUGUAGUCCCAGCAAACGAAAUCUCCAGCAAAGAGAGUGGCGCUGACAGUCAUAUUUUUGGUGCCUUGCAGCAAUUGGUCUACAAGAAACUGAAGCCAGUACCUGAAAAAAUAGCAACUGUGAGCAGAAUCGAAUAUGCACCACUUGCUGUAGGAGCUAAGAUGUACAGGUAUGAAGACUACAACAAAUUUUCUGCGUCUGGACCAAUCCUUAACAUUCUUAUCCAGAAAAAUCAAGAAAGCAAGAGAAACAAAACCCCUCAAACGCUAAAAGUGGUCAUGAAAUGCUGUGUCAAGAAAAUUGUUUACGAUGGGAGAAAAGCAGUUAUCCUCGAUACUAGUUUAGGAGACUUUACUCUGGGCAGUGCCAAGCUUAUUCUUGCCAUGGGAACGCUACCCCCCACCACUUUAAUGCUCAAUUCCUCUCCAUUUCCAGAGCUAGCCAACAUUGGAGCACGAUUCACCUCCCAUUUUAUCAGUUCCAUCAUUGCCCGUGUUCCUGUUACAUCUAUCACACGAAAGACAAACGUGUUCACAGCACAGAAAACCGAGGUGGAAUACACAAAAGUUCUGCAAGAUAACCAGGGACUGCUACAAAUGGCUGCAAUAUAUGUGCCGGGAAAGGAUACUGUUACAGGAGCACAGUUUCAUAUCCAACUAACGGCAAUUAUCGAUGACACGCCAGUGGAAAAUAUCUACGACACCAUGCGUCACUUACCUGAUGUAGUGGCUGCUCCAUCCUUCCAGCAACUAGUCUCCUCCCAUGGAUACGUCGUAUUUGUUUGUGCCUGUUUGGGAGAACUCGACCAUACAAACUCGAAAAACUGGUACAAGAAAGACAAUGGUGAAGACAUCACUUCCAAUGCUGUUUUGCAGGUUGUGGCCAAUGAUCAAGACAACUCAUGUUGGAAUGCUAUGGAUGAUACCACUUUUCAAGUUCUCGAGGACUACUUGACCCCUGGCGGAGAUAAAACCCAGAUUGAGUAUUGGAGCCCCGAGCUAGGUAACUGGAAUGGAGUCGCCAGGCCAACCAAGAAGGAGAGACGUGUCCCUGGGCUUGUGCACGAAGCUUCCACUAUGUGGAUUGGGGGAGAUGACGACCCUACUGCUCCUGUGGGUCUCGACUACAAGUUUCGAGGAGUGGAAAAUGUCUACCUUACCGGCGGAUCUCUCUGGCCGACUGGCGGUGCCUGGAACCCCACUUGUGCCAUGAGUGCAAUGGCCAUGGAUCUUGCAGACCAGCUCUCUAAGCUAGCUCCAACCCCGCCAGGAAAGAAGUAAAACAUAUGUUCGAUUUAGCACAGAGACAAAGAAACUUAUGAACAAAUAAUGUGUAAUAAUUAUGUUUACAAAAACUAUGUAUUUCAUUGUCCGAUG